AUGAGUGAAUAUGAAGAGAGAACUCCACGAUUCCAAUUCAGUGGAGAACCUGAAGACUACGAUACCUUUGGAUUGAAGUACGUAGCAAGAGCUAGCAUCAAAAGAUUCGAUGGAGUGAUCACUGGAGAAGUGACUCUACGAACCAAACCAGAGAUGGAUGCUGAAACUGACGCAGCAAAGAUUAAGGAAGACGAGGAGAUCAGCGAGAUGAACAUCAAAGCCUUCAGUGACUUGAUGAUCAGCAUGAAUACUGACACGGCAGAAGGAAAGGUUGCUUUCAAUUUGGUAGCCGGAAGCAGAGACAAAGUCAACUACCCAAAAGGAAACGCGAAAGAAGCAUGGGACAAGUUGAAGGAUGAGUAUGAGCCAAAGACGAUCACCUCGUACAUCAAGAUGAAGAGCAAGCUAAACAAGUGUCACCUUGAGAAGUUUGCUAAUCCAGCUUCGUGGAUCACCGAACUCAGCAAGAUUUGUGUCCGUUUGGAAGAGAUGAAGCACCCAGUAAGUGAAGAGGACCAAUUCAUUCACAUCAUUGGAAGUUUGCCUUUGAAGUACAGACAAGAGCAAAAGGACUUCGAGAAAAUGAUGAAAGCGAACACACUCACCAUUAAGUACAUCAAGGAAGAACUGAAUUCUGCACACGAGGACUUCGCCAAUGCAACAGAAGGUGAUGACGACGACGAAGACAAAGAAGACAAAGAUGUCGCUUUGGUAACUGGUCAAUUCAAAGGCAACUGCAACAACUGUGGAAAAUAUGGACACAAGAAGCUAACUUGCCCUGAACUAACACAAGCGACACGACAAGGAGGCGAAAGGAACCAGAACAACGGUGGCAGAAAUCGAUACAAUGGAGGUGGACGAGGAGCUUUCCUUGGAACCUGUUUCCACUGUGGUAUCAGAGGCCACAAGAAGCAUGAAUGCAGAAGAAACCCAGAGAACCGAAACAACGGCACCACUGGCAACAAUGGUAACAACAACAACAGCAAUAACAACGAUGAUGAUGACGACGAUGUUGCUGAGGUAAUGCUGAUGGCAACAGAGACACUUAUUGCCCCAGCGGAGCCAACACAGAAAAAGAACGUUUGGUUCGAGUGGAAUGAAGAAUGCGAAGAGAGUGAUUGUGAAGAUGAAGGAGUAGAUGAUGAAGUGAUCGUGCAUACUAUCGUGGAAGAUCCAAACGACAAAGUUCACGAGCACGGAAAUUUCCUUCACGAUGAUUUCUUUGAUAAUUUUAUGGCGAACUUCGGACAAAAUGAUUGCGACGCGAAAAACGACGAGACAUUCCACGCGACAAAGCCUACAAGUGAAUACGCUUUUGUCACAGAAGAGAUUGAGAUCAAACGCUAUUCUGAUGUUGACGGAUCUGGUACAUACGAUUCAGAUGGGGACGAGAUCCCACAACUAGUGGAACGGACGAUGAAAGCUAAGCACUACGCAUCAGACGAAUGGGACCAUAAUAACGGAAUGCACGAAUACAACUCAGACUCAGACGACUCUGACGAUGAUGACAUUCCACCACCGUUGGUCAGCAGACAUGGUGUUGUCCAUGGACAUGAUGAGGUAUCAUUGAUUGGCAGACACGACAACAUCUCUGAUGACGACUCGAUAUAUGACGAGAUCCCACACUUGAUCGCACGACAACAACAUGAUAGCGAUGAUGAUGAUAGCGAUGAUGACGAUAGUGAUGAUGACGAUAGCGAUGAUGACGAUGACGAUGACGACUUGAUUCAUACCGACGAUGAGCCAUACUACUAUGACGGUGAUGGGGAUGAUGAGUCGACAGUGCAGACUGAAACAAGUAUCCAAGAUGAAAUCAACUCGACCCUAAACGGAAUCGCAAUGGCCAACAUGGAUAAAUGGAAAUCCGAGGAGAUGAAACUGACACCACAGACUUGGUUUGGAGACAGUGCAGCGAGUACACAUAUGUGCAAUGAUGACACCAACCUUUACGACUACGAUGUUAUUCGAGAGGAGAUCAAAGUUGGAAGUGGCAAAACUAUCGUGGCAACUAAGAUUGGCAAGCUCAAGCUGCGAGUGAAGCAAACGAAUGGAAAGGUAAUCAUGAUGGUACUAACGAAAGUCAAGUUCGUACCUGAGCUGUGGUGCAAUCUUUUCAGUCUUACGGCCGCAAUGGACAAGGGCUUCGACCUCGGGAACCAAGGGCGAAUCAUCACAGUGACGCAUGGAUCGACAACUAUUGGAUUUGACAGAAUAUUCCCAACGAGUUCUGGAUUCAUCAUGGCAGCAGAAAUGGAACAGAUGACAGCAGAAGGUGCAUACGCCGUAUUGGAAGCAGGAAGGGAAAUCAGCAUAGCAAAGUUCCAUGAGAUGUACGGACACCCAGGAGAAGCAAUACUUCGCAAUACAGCACAUGCAUACAACUUGAAACUACAAUCGAAAUUGGAAAAGUGUGAGAACUGUGCAUUGGCAAAGUCGAGACAAGCAAACAUCUCGAAGGAGCCAGUUGACAGAUCCGAAGUCCCAGGGGAAGAACUAAUGAUUGAUAUAUCCAGUGUAAAGAAGACAAGCGCGGGUGGAAACAAAUUUUGGCUCCAAGUGAUGGACAACGCAUCCGAUUUCAUAUUUUCAAUGUUCCUAAAGAAGAAAAGCGAAACGAGUGCUAAGAUGAUAGCUUUGGUGAAGGACCUAAAUGCGAAAGGAUUCAAAGUCAAAAAGAUUCGAUGUGACAGAGCUGGAGAGAACAUGAAGUUCCAAGAUGAAGCAAAGAAUGAAGGACUCGGUUUGACCUUUGAAUUCACAGCGCCCAAUACACCACAGCGAAAUGGACGAGUCGAAAGGAAGUUUGCAACGGCUUUCGGACGAGUUCGAGCAAUGAUGAACACUGCUCGGAUGACAGAAACGAUGUGUGGCAAUCUAUGGGCAGAAGCGGCAGAUACAGCGACAAAAUUGGACACAGCACUUGUCUAUCAACGUGGUGAACAAAGUUCACAUCAAAAAUUCUGA